AUCUCCCUCUCUCUCUCUCUCUCUCUGCAAAAUCCAAACUUAACGAGGACUGAAACAUGCGUAUAUACAUACAUGGCAACUGUCUGUUCCUCAAUCCCAUCUCUUUCCCUGACAAAACUAUUCCCGUCGAAACCAAAUUUGUUACUCACGAACUCAAAUCAGCUCGCUAAUCUCUUCCAGACCAUGAAUUUUAUCUCGAAACCUGAAUCGAGAUCAUCUGCUUCUGCAACAAUCCAACAGGUUCCGGGACUAGCCUCCGACGAUAUGUACCGCAUUGCCGACCAAACCUUUCAAAUGUACUCUUCUUCGUCUUCGAGGUCCGGCCGAGGAGGGGGGACCGCCAUAGUUUGGUUCAGGAACGAUCUAAGAGUGUUGGAUAACGAGGCUUUGUAUGAGGCAUGGGUUUCGUCCCAGAUGGUAUUACCGGUUUAUUGCGUCGAUCCUCGGCUUUUAGGCACCACGUACUACUUCGGAUUCCCUAAAACCGGCGCGUUGAGAGCACAAUUUCUUAUUGAAUGUUUGGCUGACCUGAAGAAGAAUUUGAUAAAGCGAGGCCUUAAUUUACUUAUUCAACACGGUAAACCCGAGGAAAUUCUCCCUUCUCUCGCCAAAGCUUAUGGAGCUCACACAGUGUAUGCCCAAAAAGAGACCUGCAGUGAGGAGCUGAACAUCGAAAGAUUGGUCACCAAAGGUCUGCAACAAGUGAUGCCGGAACCAGCUUCGGAGUCGAGUAAUGUUCACAACCCGAAGUUACAGCUUAUUUGGGGCACUACUAUGUACCACAUUGAUGACCUUCCUUUCGAUACCGUCAGUUUACCGGAUGUUUAUACUCAGUUUCGCAAGUCUGUUGAAGCUAAAUGCACUAUCCGGGGGUGUAUCAAAAGUCCAACAUCUCUUGGGCCGCCACCAAGUGUCAGCGAAUGGGGAUAUGUUCCUUCAAUCGAUCAGCUUGGCUUCCAGUCACAAAAUGUUAACAAAGGAAUGAAAUUUGUUGGUGGUGAAAGUGCUGCACUGGGCAGGGUAAACGAGUAUUUCUGGAAAAAGGACUUGCUAAAGAUAUACAAAGAGACCCGGAAUGGGAUGUUAGGACCUGAUUAUUCAACGAAAUUCUCUCCAUGGCUUGCUUCAGGAAGCCUCUCUCCUCGCUUCAUACAUGAAGAGGUGAAGAGAUAUGAAAACGAAAGGCAAGCCAAUAAUUCCACAUACUGGAUUUUGUUCGAAUUGAUAUGGAGAGAUUACUUCAGGUUUCUAUCAGUCAAAUACGGGAAUUCCCUCUUCCAUAUAGGUGGUCCAAGAAAAGUGGAGCGCAGAUGGAGCCAAGACAAGAAUCUGUUUGAGUCCUGGAGAAACGGCCAUACAGGGUACCCUCUCAUUGAUGCAAACAUGAAAGAACUAUCAACCACUGGAUUUAUGUCAAACCGAGGACGGCAGAUAGUAUGCUCCUUUCUUGUUCGAGAUAUGGGUAUUGACUGGCGUAUGGGAGCUGAGUGGUUUGAGACGUGCCUAUUGGAUUUUGACCCAUGUUCCAAUUACGGAAACUGGACAUAUGGCGCAGGAGUUGGGAACGAUCCUAGAGAAGAUCGUUACUUCAGCAUCCCAAAGCAAGCACAGACAUACGAUCCUGAAGGCGAGUAUGUGGCGUACUGGUUGCCACAAUUACGAUCACUCCCAAAAGAAAAAAGGAACUUUCCGGGAAAAUUAUACAUUGAGCAAGUUGUACCACUUAAGUUCAAGAGUGCUGGUGGUAAGGCACAGGAUAGAGCCUCUGCUUCAAGAAGAACGAAUUUUGGAGGGAUGCGUACAAGGGGGCACUGCAAAUAAAAGAGCUUGCCUUCCUUUAUCUUUAAAAUUUGUUUUUCUGUAAUCUUUUUACUUCAAAUGAGAACGUUUUAAGACUGUUUUGGGUGGGGUGCGCCAGGCCCGUGCAAUAGUGCAACGCAUGGGCGACGCUCGAAGACCCCAGCAGCAAGCUACUGUGAUGGGCCUUCCCCUCAAAAAAUUAAUUUAAUAUCGUGUGACCCGAUGGGUCACGUAUCAGAUAUUAAACUGAUAAGAACAGAUACUACACUUGAUCUUAGCCAAAAGGCCGAGAAAGGUAUGAGUUAUUUAGAUGUUCGCUUC